AUGGAGGAAACAACUCAGGCAGCGAAUUCCGAAGUCCCUGUAGUGAAAGGUGAUGCUGAUGAUCUUAAGACAGUUGAUGUUUCUAUCAAGGCAGUGAACGGAGAAGUGCCAAAGGAGGAGAAAGAAGAGGAAGAUGGAGAAUUCAUAAAAGUUGAGAAGGAAGCAGAGCUUGCUCCUGUUGAAGAGCAAAAGGAAGCUACAAUCGAAAGAAGCUCGAGUGGUUCGCAAAGAGAACUACAUGAAUCACAAGAAAAGGCGAAGGAACUAGAGCUCGAAUUGGAAAGAGUGGCAGGAGAACUAAAACGUUAUGAGUCUGAGAAUACUCACUUGAAGGACGAGCUUUUAUCUGCGAAAGAGAAGCUAGAAGAAACCGAGAAGAAGCAUGGAGAGCUCGAAGUUGUCCACAAGAAGCAGCAGGAGACGAUUUCUGAAGGGGAAAAGAGACACAGCUCUCAGUUGAAAUCCUUGGAAGAUGCUAUGCAGUCUCAUGAUGCUAAAGAUAAGGAACUAACUGAAGUCAAGGAAGCUUUUGAUGCAUUGGGAAUAGAACUCGAGAGCUCGCGAAAGAAGCUGGUAGAGUUGGAGGAAGGGCUAAACCGUACAGCAGAAGAGGCUCAGAAAUUUGAAGAGCUGCAUAAGCAAAGCGCUUCUCAUGCUGACUCCGAGACGCAGAAGGCUUUGGAAUUUGCACAGUUGCUUGAAUCAACGAAGGACAGUGCCAAGGAAAUGGAGGAAAAAAUGGCGUCCCUGCAACAAGAAAUCAAGGAGCUGAAUGAUAAGGUCACUGAGAACGAAAAAGUUGAAGCGGCCUUGAAGAGUAGUGCGGGAGAAUUAGCUGCAGUGCAAGAGGAACUGGCACUCUCAAAAUCUCGUUUGUUGGAGACGGAACAAAAAAUGUCUUCCACAGAAGCUCUCAUUGAUGAACUGACUCAGGAACUUGAGCAGAAGAAAGUUUCUGAAUCUCGGUUCAAGGAAGAGUUGUCGGUUCUCGAUGAUCUUCAGGCUAAACUUUCUGAACAAGAAGGUGUUUACUCAAAGCUAGUGGAAGAGCUCAAAGAGAAGGAACUGCUGGAAUCCUUAUCGAAAGACCAAGAAGAGAAGCUGAGAAUUGCAAAUGAGAAGUUGGCUGAAGUGUUGAAAGAAAAAGAAGGGCUUGAAGCUGAUGUAGCAGAGGUCACAACUAAUGCAGCGAAAGCAAAAGAAACCUGCAGUGAACUAGAAGAGAAACUGAAGACUUCAGAUGAGAAUUUCUCCAAGACAGAUGCUCUUCUGUCUCAAGCUUUGUCAAACAGCUCUGAACUUGAGCAGAAACUGAAAUCCCUGGAGGAGCUUCACAGUGAAACUGGAUCUGCAGCAGCAGCUGCUACUCAGAAGAAUCUUGAGCUCGAGGAUGUUGUUAGGUCCUCUAGUCAAGCAACAGAAGAAGCAAAAUCACAGGUGAAAGAGCUGGAGACACAGCUCACUGCAGCUGAACAAAAGAACUUGGAGUUUGAGCAGCAACUGAGCUCAUUGCAACUGAAAAGCAGUGACGCUGACCGGGAGCUGAAAGAACUCUCUGAAAAAGUAUCUGAACUAAAAUCUGCUGUUGAAGUUGCCGAGGAAGAGAAGAAACAGGCAAUCACUCAAAUGCAGCAAUACCAAGAAAAAGCAUCCGAACUGGAAUCGUCUCUGAGCCAAUCAUCGGCCAGAACUUCAGAGCUUGAAGAAGAUUUGAGAAUCGCUUUGCAGAAGGGUGCAGAGCAUGAAGACCGUGCUAAUACGACUCACCAGCGCAGCAUUGAACUAGAAGGUCUGUGUCAAACAUCACAGUCAAAACAUGAAGACGCAGAAGGAAAAUUGAAAGACUUAGAGCUUCUACUCCAGACAGAGAAAGACAGAAUUCAGGAGCUUGAGGAGCAGAUUAGCUCGCUAGAGAAGAAGUGUGGGGAAACUGAAGCAGAUUCCAAAGGCUACUUGGGUCAAGUGGCUGAGCUCCAAUCCACACUAGAGGCAUUCCAAGUGAAAAGUUCUAGCCUUGAAGCAGCUUUAAACACUGCAACUGAGAACGAGAGAGAACUGACAGAAAAUCUAAACGCUGUGAAGGGUGAGAAAGAGAAAUUGGAAGAUACAGUGAAAGAGUACAAUGUGAAGAUCAGUGAGUCUGAGAAUCUACUGGAAGGUCUCAGGAAUGAAUUGGAUGCCACACAAGGAAAACUGAAGAGUAUUGAGAAUGAUCUGGAAGCAGCUGGGUUAAGGGAAAGCGAAGUAAUGGAGAAACUGAAAUCUGCUGAAGAGAGUCUUGAGUUGAAAGGAAGAGAAGUAGAUGAAGCUACGACGAAGCACAUGGAGCUUGAAGCUUUGCAUCACUCUUUUAGCAAAGACUCGGAGCUUAGAAUUCAAAAGGUAACGGAGGAUUUCACUAGCAGAGAUUCAGAGGCAAGUUCUUUGACGGAGAAAUUGAAGGAGCUCGAGGACAGAAUAAAAUCAUAUGAAGAGCAGUUGGCUGAAGCAUCUGUCAAAUCUUCUUCUUUAAAAGAAGAACUUGAUCAGACUUUGGGAAAACUCGCUGCUGCAGAAACCGUUAAUGAUAAACUCAAGCAAGAGUUUGAUCAGGCACAAGAAAAAACCUUGCAGUCAUCAGAAGAGAGUGAACUACUAGCAGAGACGAACAACCAGCUCAAGAUCAAGAUUCAAGAGCUUGAAGGGUUACUAGGUUCUAGUUCUGUCGAGAAGGAAACUGCAAUGAAACAGGUGGAAGAGGCAAUUGAAAAGUUUAACCAGAAAGAAACAGAACACAAGGACUUAGUUGAAAAGCUAAAGACACAUGAAAGCCAAAUCGAAGAACAUAAAAGGCAGGCUCAUGAAGCAUCUGGUGUUGCAGAUACUAAAAAGGUUGAGCUUGAAGAGGCUUUAUCAAAACUGAAGAAUCUUGAAUCUGCUAUUGAAGAGCUCGGGGCCAAAUGCGAAGGGCUUGAGAAAGAAAGCGGGGAUUUGGCAGAGGUGAAUUUGAAGCUGAACCAGGAACUAGCCAAUCAUGGAUCAGAGGCCAACGACUUGCAGACAAAGUUCUCUGUCCUGGAGGCUGAGAAGGAGGAAAUAGAGAAAGAGCUUCAGGCUUCAAAGGCAGCCAUAGAAGAUCUAACAAAGCAGCUUACCUCUGAAGGAGAGAAAUUACAGUCACAGAUUUCUUCACUCGCCGAGGAAAACAACCAAGUCAAUGCGAUAUUUCAGAGUACCAAGGAUGAGCUCCAGUCAGUUAUUGCAAAGCUUGAAGAACAAAUAACCGUAGAGAGGUCUAAAGCUGAUACUCUGGUGUCGGAGAUUGAGAAACUCAAGGAGGUGGCUGCUGAAAAGUCCGUUUUGGAAUCACAUUCCGAAGAACUUGAAAAGAAUCUGACACAAGUAAAAGCUCAGUUAAAAGAAGAGGUUGAAAAGGCAGCAGCAGAGUCUUUAAAAGUUUCAGAACUGACCUCGAAACUGAAGGAACACGAAGGGAUCGCUGGUGACCGAGACAUCCUCAAUGAGAAGGUGCUUCAGCUUCAGAAAGAGCUUGAAGCAGCUCAGAGUUCCAUUGCUGAACAGAAAGAAGCACACUCCAAGAAGCAUUCAGAGCUGGAGUCUGCACUAAAGCAAUCACAAGAAGAGAUUGAAGCUAAGAAAAAGGCGGUGAGUGAAUUUGAAUCAAUGGUCAAAGAGCUUGAACAGAAAGUGCAGCUUGCGGAUGCUAAAGCUAAGGAAACUGAGGCAAUGGAGGUAGGUGUUAAAUCUCGAGACAUUGACUUGUCCUUUUCUUCUCCAACGAAACGUAAGAGCAAGAAGAAGUCAGAGGCAUCUCCUUCUUCUCCUCCUGGCAACGUCGUUACUACUACUCAGACAGCCACAACGUCGCAUCUCAUGAAAAUUCAAAUCGUCUCUGGAGUGGCUCUGAUUUCUGUUAUCAUCGGUAUUAUCCUUGGGAAAAAGUUCUAG